AUGAUCAACGAAUAUAAGAGCAUUAUAGCGUACGUAUGUAAUAAGUAUUUAAAUAUAAAAAGACAUUAAUAAAACAUUUUUAAAUACUAAAAUUGAAAAACACAGAAAACAAUAUGUUUCUCAUAUUGAAAUUGGUGUUAAUAUUUUUGUUAAAUGAAACGUACGCAUAUAUCGAGCAAGAUAUCGAAAAAGUAUUACUGCCGUCAUGGAAUUCGACAAUCGCAAAGGAAAUACCACUAACUCUGAAAAUUUUUGGAAAACAAGUUCAAUCAAACCUGCGUAAAAACGACCAGAUUGUAUCCUCCAAGUUCAAAGCAUGGACACGUGACGCAAAAAGCAUAACAGAAAAAUUUAUUCCGCAAUUAUACGCAUCUGAUCCUUGCCAUUAUUUUCACAAAGAUCAUAUCAACACAGCGGCCAUAAACUUUUGUCAAGAACAUGGAUGGAAAGGACACGUUUUUCUGAAAGAUGAAACAUUGAAAAUUAGACCUUUGCGGGAUGACUUUGCGUCUUUGACCUCAAUCGACGAUCUUGGCGUUAAAGAAGAAAUUAAUAUAUCAUUUGCCAAACCUCACUUAAUUAAACGAUCGUUGCAAAUAUCUGCUGAUUCAAGUUUUCGUAAAUUCGAUAAUUUUAAACAAAAGCGACGUUAUGUGUCAAGUACGCAAAAAAAAUUAACUAUAAAGCUGGCUGUGUUUUUCGACGAAGCCGCAUAUCGUACGUUUAUGCCUUUUCUGGACGAAGAUGAAAAAAAGUUACGCAUGAUGAUAUUAGCAUAUGUGAAUAAUAUUCAAGCUAUGUUCCAUCAUCCUAGUUUGGGAGUUUCUAUCGAUUUAUCGUUGGUACAUUUGGAAAUCUUGGAUAAACAACCGUCGAAUUUACCAGUUUUUGACGGUGACAGUGAUAAACUACGCGAAGCUUUCUGCAAAUUCGCGGAAGCUCGCAAUCCUCCGGAUCAUAACAAUCCACAUCACUGGGACAUUGGUCUUUAUCUAACCGGAGUAAACAUUUAUGGCAUGAGCCAUGCUAUUGCAGGAAGAUCCUUCAUCGGUGGUGUGUGCAAAUCAAAUGAAUCGUGUGCGAUAGCAGAAUUUGGUAUUGCACAUAGGCUGUCAUCGGGUUUUACAUCAUCUUUCAUUGCUGCUCAUGAGAUUGGCCAUGUCUUAGGAAUGCAACAUGAUUCAAUACUGUGUGAUAAUGGUGUCAAAGGCAUUAUGAGCCCUCGCAUGGGACACGUAGGCCAUAUGACAUGGACCUGGUGUAGUCGUUUUACAGCUGAAAAACUCUGGACUACACCAAAGUGUCUUAAAAGUUAUACGAAAUCGAAAGACGUUUAUGACCAUUCGCGUUAUUACGAUUUACCCGGAAGAAAAUGGACCGCCAAAGCUCAAUGCGAAAUAUAUUUUCGCGACAAAGAUGCAAACGUAGCCUCGUUGCUUGAUAUAUGUAAAUCUUUACAAUGCGAAACGCUUCACGAAAAUGGGUAUUACUUUACAGGACCGCCUUUGGAAGGAACUCAUUGAGCAUUAGGGAAAGAAUGUCGCGGAGGAGAAUGCGUGCCCGUUCUCAAACCGCUAUACAUUUUUAAGUAUGGUGAAGAUAAUAACUGGGGUGACUGGAAAGAAGGUGCCUGUCAAAGUAGUUGCUUGAUGAAAUCUAAAGGCGUAAAAGUCAAACGACGUUCUUGCAAACAUGGAAGUAACAUAACAGCGAGUUGCAAAGGGCCAUAUUACGACGUGGUUCUAUGCGAUGAUUCGUUACUUUGUACUGAGGAACGCAAAGGGAUCGAAUUAUAUAUUCAAGAAAAGUGCAAGCAAUUGAACUUUUUCGCAACAAUGUUUCGCAACACUUUGAACUUUAUGUUUGAAUUAGAUAAAGAGUCAAAAUGGCAGGCUAUUUAUGAUGUCGAGAAACCAUGGAAAGCCUGUAUUAUACACUGCCGACUCAAAAAUUCAUCUACUCUCUACGCACCACGCUUUGAAAUGAUCGACUUUAAUAUGGACCCAUACUUUCCAGAUGGAACGUGGUGUCACAAGAAAGACGGCAAGAAUUAUUACUGCCGCCAACAUUAUUGUCUGCCGGAAAGAUAUAACUGAUAUGAAUUAUUGAUGUGUGAACGGGAAUCGAGAAAAAAGAAAAUCAUGAAAUGCGCGUAACUCAACUUAGAAUAGUUCUUCAAUUCGUUUGGCAUUGAAUAUUCGAUCGAUCAAUCUGUCGUUAUUAACAUCUGUUUUGCAUAUCAUUCACAUCUUACUUAAUAAAGACAAGUGGACUAAGAAUUAUAUCAAAUUUUCUGCAACUAAAAUUAAUUCCGUCGAUUAAAAAUAUUGCAAACAUAAAAAAAAUAACAAAAAAGUAAUAGGUAAUAUUUAAUAUGUUUAUCAAAUGCGAAAAUAAAUAUAGUAGAGAUAUUUCUAUUCCGUAUGAUAUAUUGUGUUAAGAAAAUGAACGAGAACGAUACGUCUCUCUCACUAUGUUAUGUACUUUAAUAGUCCACCAAUGUUUCAUUAUGCUAUAUAGAGACUUAUAUAAAUGAAUAAACGAAAAAAUGAAGAAUAUUUCAUUCCGACAAUAAGAAAAUGUUCAUACUUAUUUAAUACAAAUUGUUCACUGAAUUAUUCACUGAAUUUAUGUGCCCGUUGGCCGAAUACGGCAGUAACGGGAUCGUCAGAAAUGGUUGAAUUUCAAUAUCUUUGCUACUUAAGUUAAUCAGUAAAUCAGUGAUCAGAUUUUUUUUUUUUAAAUAUCUUUAAUAUUUAUAAGGCAAAAUUGUGCUCCCAA